AUGUCAUUCAUUUUGAGUAUCUUACGAGAGAUGCUGGAAUAUUUUGGUGUUCCCAUAAACCAGGUUUUACACAUUUGGGAAAACAAAGACUAUGGAUCAGCUCGGAGUAUUGUUCGUAUCAUUGGGAAAUUUCUUCCUUUAGAACCUUGUCCCAGGCCUAAUUUCGAGCUGGUUCCGCUCUUGAACUCUGUGGACCCGGCUAACUGUGGAUCUGUAGUUCCGUCUCUUGCUGAUGUUUGGUGUGUGGCAAAUGAUGAGGAAGCCAGUUAUCUCAGAUUUCGAAAUAGCACAUGGAAAAAUGAAGAAGAGGAGAAAAUUGCAUCUUUUCAUCCUCUGCAACUAGUUGAAGGUCCAUCGACACCUGCUCUAAGGCAUAACAAACCAAGAGAAGAUGACGGGCCUGAGAGUGAAACUGCAAUGAAAACAAUAGCUGCCCUUGAAGAUGAGCUCGCUCUUCUUCGCUCUCAGAUUGCUGCAAUUGUGGGACGGCAAGAACUGGGGAGCAGCACAGAGGCCGGUUUCUUGGACUUGAAUGACAGGCCUAGUGGUUUUGGACAAAAGCCAUCAUCAGGGGCUACUCAACUCAAUGUCAAAGAAGACUCGUUUUCAAGUUCAGUGCUUCCUUCUUCUCUUCCUCCACCACCGCCUCCUCAGAUAUCUUCUGUACAGCCUCCAUGUUCUUCUCUCACAAAAAUAGCAUCUAAUAAUAUUUGUGCAUCAGAUAAUUCAACAACUGAAGUGAAAAAUCUGCAACCAGAUGCUAGGAAGAACAAUUAUAGUCAUCAUUCAAAACACCAGAAAAAUGAAGAUAUUCCAAACAUGUUGGAUGUUCUAAAGGAUAUGAAUAAGGUUAAACUACGUGCUAUUGAAAGGUCUCCUGGAGGCAGACCCAUUCAUAAAAGGAAAAGAGAAGACUCACCUUGGGAUCCAGUGUCUCUAAUAUCCCAUGCACUUAAGCAGAAAUUUGCAUUCCAAGAAGAUUCCUUUGAGAAAGAAGAUAAUUGUUGGGAGUCUUCUCCAUUUUCUAGUCCAGAAACUUCAAGGGAAGGCUUGGAGGCUUCUGGGCAGCAAGGUCAGUUUCAGGGAAAAAGAGGUAUUUUAUUUUCUAGCAAGUUCUCAAAUUCUAAGAAUGGUCUUUUUCUUAAAUUAAAUGUUAAUAAGAAAUCACCACACAAUGGUGUACUUUCUCUCACGCUCUCUCUCGCCUGUGCUCUUGCACUUAAGACCAAUGUCCUUGGAGUUCCAAAUAUGCUGGUGUUUUUGUCAUGCAGCUCAGCAGUCCGACGGCCAGGGCUAAAAUGCUCUGGACUCAGGAAGCGCCACCCGUCCCAGUGUGACCCGGGGCCCGAGGGGCCACGGCAAGAGCCCCUUUCUUACUCCCUAGUCUUCUCCUCCAGGGCCAAGCCGGUCCCUGGAAUCGGCUCCCUCAUCGUGGAAUGGAUGGAGUUGCUCAUUUCGGCAGCUAAUGCUGAGGUGA